GGUGGCCUUGUAUCAGCCAUGUUGACUGCUCCCGAUGAAAACAAUCAUCCCCUUUAUGCUGCUAAAGAUAUCAAGCCUUUCUAUUUAGAGAAUUGCCCAAAAAUCGUUCCACAGAUGAAUGCUUUUGGGAAAAUUGGAAGGCUUUUCAAAGCAUUGAUAGGUCCCUUGUACAAUGGAAAGCACCUCCAUAAUGUAUUGAAAGAAAAACUGAAAAAUAUUAGGUUGUCCGACACUCUUACAAAUGUUGUUAUUCCAGCUUUCGACAUCGAGAUUUUACAGCCAGUGAUUUUCUCUUCCUAUGAGGUCUACCCAGUCUUUAAUUCUUUAUGUUAAUAUCUUCAUGAUCUUAUGUGUGAUAUUAUAUAUAUAGGUUUAGCCCGAUUCAAAGUUCUAAGGGGGCAUUUGGCAGGGAUUCUAUUUUGCAUCCACAACUUCAGCCAUUUUACAAACC